GAUAUGGGACCUUUAACAGCAGUCUCUCCCUCCAUAAGGUUAACGCCCACUCUGGGAAGCGGAAGAUGGACCUCAGCUCUCAGCUCUCUCUCUGUUCUGUGUUUGUUUCGUGAUCUCUCUUCUUUUGCCGUAAACUGGAAGCAAUUGUCUGAAACUCCAUUUCGAUGGCACACAUCUGCAGUCAUCAUGGAUUUGUUAUGAACUCACUGAGGAAGCACUGAGGAGAGAAACAUGUAACGCUGGAAAGGUAGCUGAGCAUUCACCAGACAUGUGUUGAUACGUCUGGUAACGAGGUUCCAACCUAACCGUCACGGUGCUUCCCCAACCGGGCGGUUGUCUCCCCAGCCGGGCGGUUGUCUCCCCAGCCGGGCGGUGUGUCCCCAGCCGGGCGGUUGUCUCUCCAGCCGGGCGGUUGUCUCUCUGCUGCUGCCAUGGAGGUGGGCAGCCUCCCCGUGGAGCUGUGGAGGGUUAUCUUGGCCUAUCUCCCGCUCCCUGACCUGGGCCGCUGCUGCCAGGUGUGCCGUGCCUGGCGAGAGCUCAUCCUCUCACUGGACAACACCCGCUGGAGACAACUCUGCUUAGGCUGCCCCGAAUGCCGACACCCCAACUGGCCCAGUCAGCCCCACCAGGAGCCCCCGUCCUGGAGAGAGGCCCUGAAGCAGCACGCCCUCUCCACCCGCACCUGGACUCAAAACGGGCCGGAGCUCCAGUCCUCUGCUUGCCUCCUCUUUUUCCGUCGUCGAAAGGACCGCAGGGUUUGGCAUGUGGGGCCCGGAUUCGAGUUUGAGACCCUCCGCGGGGCCCUCGGGGCAGUGGGGCCGUAUGACCGUGUCGUUCUCCACCCGGGGGUGUAUGAGGAGCAAGCUGAAGUGGCCCUGAAGGUGCCUGUGGAGCUGGUCGGGCUGGGUCGAUUGGGCGAGGUGGCCCUCCUGGUGUGUAUGGAGCAGCAGUGCCCUACUGCCCGGCUGUGUAAUCUGGUGUUCAUGCCACCCUGGUUCUCCACGGUGGUUUACAAGACGUCGUGGGGUCACGUCCAGCUGGAUAACUGCAACUUUGAGGGGGCUCAGUUGCAAAUCCGCGGCCCGGGAACCUGCCAGGCUCGCUUCUGCUCCUUCUCACAAGGCAGCUCUGCCCACCUGCUGGGCGUUGUCGUCAGUUUGUUGGACAGCUGUGACUUCUCGGGAAGUGACACCGCUUCUGUGACUGUUGAAGGUCCUCCGGUGUCAGAAAGGAACUGGGCUUGUAAACACCUGGCCGCCCUGGCCAGGACGUUCCCAUCAUGUGGCGUAUCUAGCCCUCCCAGUGGCCCUCUGGCUGGCUCCACUGGUGGGCAUCAACCACCAGGUGCUACUGUUAAAAAGGAGCAUGUGAACAUAGAAGACUGGCAGAGGAGGACCGGGGUGGACGCAGUGUGUCAGGGCACGGUGAUUGAAGAUGGCUGGAGCGAUGGCGACCGCAGCGAGGAGGAGGAGGAGAACCGAGAUGGAGGAGGAACUAACAACACCAAAAACUCACUUAUCUUGGAUUACAAAAUCCCUUGUGACCAUCACGGCCUGUCCCAUUUGCUCAAGCCCCGACCAGAUGGCUCUCUGCCACUGGCCUCCUCCCCGGAUCCACCAUCCGUGACCCCUGAACCCCUCACCCUUCAGCAGGAACUAGACAGGGACCCAGAGGCUCAGAUGUUGGCGGCCUCCACCCUCGGCUGCAUCCUCAGACGCUGCCUCUUCAGGGAAGGGAAGGGUGGCGUGCAUUUGUCUAAUUACGGACAAGCUCGGCUGGAGGGCAAUGUUUUCCGUGGGCUGAACUAUGCUGUCCGCUGCAUCCAGAACUCCACAGUAGUGAUGCUGAGAAACGAGGUGUGCGAGUGCCGUGCAUCAGGUGUGUUCCUGCGCCUCUCUGCUCAGGGCCUCAUCGCAGAAAACAACAUCCACUCGAACGGGGAGGCGGGGCUGGACAUCCGAAAAGGGGCUAACCCCAUCAUUGUGUGCAACAAAAUACAUAGUGGUUUGCGUUCGGGGGUUGUUGUCCUUGGCAAUGGAAAAGGUUCAAUUCGGAGCAACCAGAUCUACAACAACAAGGAAGCGGGCGUGUAUAUUCUCUUCAGCGGGAAUCCUGUGGUCAGUGGGAAUCACAUCUUCCAGGGCCAGGCAGCAGGGAUUGCUAUAAACGAGAAUGGCAGAGGGAUGAUAACAGAGAAUGUGAUCAAAGAGAACCAGUGGGGGGGGGUGGAUAUCCGCAGAGGAGGUGACCCCAUCCUGAGGAACAACUACAUCUGUUAUGGCUACUCAGACGGUGUCGUGGUGGGAGAGAGAGGCCGCGGGCUUAUUGAGGGAAAUCAUGUCUACUGUAACAAAGGCUGUGGUGUGUGGGUUAUGUCGUCCAGCCUCCCGCAGCUCCUGGGAAACUACAUCACCCAUAACUGUAUGUAUGGGAUGGCAGUGUUCUGCAGGAAAGACCCAGAGAACAUGGAGGCCAGGGAGGGAAACUGGCCAGGCCAGGAAGGGAUCGGUGGAGAAGCAGGCAGCGGGGAAAGGAGGGGAGUGGAAGGAGAAGGGAGAGAAGGGCAGGAGAACUUGAACGAAGAGGGGGAACUGUUUGCAUGGGAGAGUGAUCUGGACAGCGAGGAUGAGCGCCACUCUGCCCGUCGUGCCAUCAGCGUGGCCCUGGUGGAGAGCAACUGCAUGAGCUACAAUGGAGCGGUCGGUCUGUACGUGAAGAGCAGCGAGCCCCUGAAUGUUUUCGCUAAUCUCGUAAACAGUAACCGUGGCACUGGCAUAGCUGUGCUGCAGAGCAGCCAGCUGACCCGACUGGUUACAAACUGCAUUCUUGAAAACGGUCGAGGUGGUGUCACGGUGGAGAAAGACUGCAGAGUGGAGCUUCGUGGCAACGGCAUCUAUAAAAACAGCGGCCAUGGUGUCAGUUUCGGUGGCAACGGGCAGAUUGUGGAGAAUGAUGUCGUUGGAAACCGUGGAUAUGGGAUCCAGGUCUCUGGCAGCGCUGACAUCAAGGUAUUGCGCAACCGUGUCCAACCGGCACAGGGCUGCGGCGUUGCUGUGCUAGGGCCAGUAAAAGGUGUCGUCCAUGACAAUCUCUUGUUCCAGGGUCGCCCUGGAAACAAAAAGGACCUGCUACACAUGGAUCCUGGCAAUGAGAGCUGUGUGUUGCGCAACAACAAUGUUCUAAGGCAUAAUAACAGCUGUACAUCUGCUCCUCCCUGGGUUUUGGAAAACCCUCCACCUCGUCCGCUGGCCAGCUCCCCUUCUGGCAUCUCCUCAUCCCAAUAUCCUUCCAGACUUGCAAUUUCCAUGACGACCAGGAUCAGCGCCACGGUAGAAAGUGGUUGCCACAGUGGCAGCAUGUUCUGCUCCAUCCUGUGAAUGCUGGCAAGCACUUAGAAACCGACAUGAAUGACUUUCGACAGAGGUCGGCAUCUUGAGGCUUUUGAACUAGUGUCUAAUCGUACAUUUGGAGCACUCUGACCUUCGCCAGAGAAGACUUUCCAAAAUGAUGCCCUCUUGUCACUGUCCAAGAAGAGGCUGCUCCCAGUAUAACCACUAAAGGGUCAUCCACCUUCCAUUACCGUAGGGCGGCACAACAUUUUGUAAAUCUGAAAUCAGACUUUUUUAAUUUUAUGAUCAAAUGCCAGUGCACUCAUUAAAUGUGCACUAAUGAAGCGAAGCUAGCGUACAACACAUUCAAAUCAUCAUGCUGCAUCUUAAACAAACCUAUUCCAUACUAAAGCUUUAACUUAAUCAUGUUCUUUUACAUUCUGACUUCAUAUUCAUGUACAGACCUGCUGUAAACUUUGUUGGUUUUGUCAGUUUGCUUCUGAGACUCACUGGUUGGGAAGUGCACAUUUUCAAUCCUAGCAGGAGUCAAAGGCUUGAGAGAUGCUACAAAAUAAAGCUGUGCCUUGUUGGACUUUUUAUUCAAUCAAUGAUUGUAGCUAGGGAAGGAGUUGUCAUAGUGUGAGGUGUUUAUGCAAAAAAAGCAGAAAAAAAAACAAAGCCAAACUUAAGCUUCUGCCUCUUUGCACAGAGCCGUUUCCUGGUGAGUUUUUAAAAUGUGAUCUGCUUUCUUUGACUUCAUGAAAUUCAGUGAGGGGAGGACAAGUUCUCAUUCCAGAUACUAUCAACACGCUGCACAGUGACGCACAACCACACACUCAUCGGGUAAUAACCAGUUAUAGAAGGAAAAAGUAUAUUCAGUGUGCAAUAUGUGCUGUCUACAAAUGUGCCUACAUGUGUUUACUGUCUACGCUAGAUGUUAUCUAGAAUCUGUUUACAGCUCAUUUCUCUGCUUUUUUUUUUUUGUAUCUUGCACAGUAAGCAAUAAGUAACAAUAUCAUGUACAAAGUUCACCACUUUAUUUGUCUACAAAAUGCAUUAAUAAACAGUUCUCGCAGU